AUGGAUCAAACUCCUUCAAUGCCUGGUGCAGCUUUAAUUCCGGCAUCGGAAACUUCAAAUAUCGCCUUAAGGAAUAUAACUAAUCGUGAACAAAGGUAUAACAAAAGACUUUUAAGAGCUUCUUCGACGUCUAUUAGAGCAAAUGCUUCAAAUUUGGCACUAGGUAGUAAUGGGGUUACAUUAGUUCAAGGUGAUCAAUCGGUCUCAACGUCAUCUGUUUCAAAUUCAGCUGAAUCAAAUGGAAAUGUUUUAAACGGAACUGUUUCAAAUAGUCGAGAUCCCACUACUGGCUUGUAUCAUUGCCAAAUCCCAGGAUGCGUGAAAAGAUACAAUAGUAAAGGUAGUUUAAGAUUACACAAUCUUUCUCAUGGCGAUAGAACUUAUCAAUGUUCUACUUGUGACAAAUCCUUCUACAAUCAUAAUGCUUUACGUGAGCACCAGAAAAUUCACACAAGAAGAACAAAGACUUCAUGCACUCAUAAUGGAUGUUCAAAAACAUUUACAAACCCUAAGUCGUUAACUCAGCACAUAAAAGAUGUUCACGAACGCCAUACCUGGACAUGUAAAAUUUGCAACAGAGCCUUUCAAACAUUUAAUGAUCGCAGAUAUCAUAUGAGAAGUCACAAAACUUUCGCAUCGUUACCAAGCGAAAAAGUGGCUAGUUCCCCUCAUAAAAUUAAUGUCUAUUCAAGCAUUUUAACCUCGUUUUAUAUCAAUUUACCAAUUGGAGGUUUUGCUUUACUUGUUUUUUUGUUUUCAUUUCGUCCUCCCGCUCCAAAAGGUGAUUAUUUUAAACAAUUGAAAGAGUUUGAUUACAUUGGAUUAGUACUAAUGAUUGGAGGUAUUACUGUUUUUAUGUUAGCUUUAACAUUUGGUUCUUCUAAUCAUUCCUGGAAUUCAGCUGCUGUUAUUGCAUGCUUUGUGGUUGGAAUUGUAGUUACUAUAUUAUUUGGUAUUUGGAACUUUAGAUACUCAAAGAAUCAAAUAUUGGGAACUGAUAUUGUCAUUAUUCCUCAAAUUAUUGCAAGUACUGUUUGUUUAUCUGGAGUAUUCAGUUCAUUUAUUGUUACAAUGAUAUAUGGAUCUGUGUAUUUCCAAGUUAUCAGGGAUUCCAGUGCAAUGGGCGCAGGGCUACAUUUAUUACCCUGUAUUAUAUCAGUUGUUGUAUCUUCAAUAGUUUCAGGAGUUUCUAUUCAAAAAUUGAGAUUCAUCAAACCUUGGAAUGUGUUAUCAGGAAUAUUAGCACCGGUUGGAGCUGGGCUUUGUAGUCUAUUACAAGUGGACUCAUCAUUUUCUCAACAAGUGGGUUUCUUGAUUUUAACUGGGGUCGCUGCUGGUACUCAAAUGCAACCAGCUAUUAUUUCAGCACAAAUAAAGGCACCAAAAACUCCAGGUGGAACAAUUAUGACAACUGUUUUUAUCAAUACAAUGAGAAGUUUAGUCUCAGCAAUUGCAGCAACAUUAUCAGAUGCGGUAUAUACAUCAAGUUUGAAGAACAACUUUAAAUCUGCAUUACCACAAGCUAGUCCGGAUAUUCAACAAACAUUAGCUAAAAUAAAUUUAUCAAGCAUAUUGUCAUCGAAUACAAUUUUAAAAGAAUUAGAUCCUGCAAGUCAAUUAUUCAUCAAGCAACAAAUGGUGAAAGCUAUUCACAAUGUCUUCUAUAUGUGUAUUGGAUGGUCAGCGCUAACAACUAUAUCAUGUGUAUUUAUUACAAAUCAAAAGUUACCUGACAUGGUUGCAAUGGAAAAGAAAAAAGAAGAGGAAGUCAAGCAAUUGGAGGAAAAUAAUCAAGAAAAUGCAGUUAAUGAUGAAAAUACUAGUGAUGAGUCAAAGGCUGUUAACGAUCAUAAUUCAAUUUCUUCGUUGAGUGACGGUGUUAAUGAAAGUGAGAAAGUUAAAGGCAUUGAUGACAAGUAA